AGCGCGCCUAAUAGAGGAACAAAUGUUAAGUUGCUCUGCAAAACAUACCCAUCUAGCCGGUCACGAUUUUCUCGUUACUACAGGAUCCCAGCAAAAGAGGCAACAACUUCACAAAUCAAUGUUCAGCACCAGAUGGAGCCAGUGCUCCGCGCUCGAUACCUACUUAAUGGUCAGCUGCAAUUUGGCGUCUUUGCUGGAGGUCUGACCUGCGUUUUCAUGUGCGAUGAGAUCUGCCGCACAAAGGCUGUGCUCUACAUGGCUCAUAACAUUCGGGAGCAACGACGACGAGGUCAGCUACUUCAAGGAGCUAAGUACGACAAGCCCUUCUGUCUCAGUAUGCUCUGGAAAGAGACUACCUUGCAAUUUUCAGACUGAUAUUGAAACGGCCGUCUCGACUCGCGAUAUCAUGGUAUCUUCGCACAAUGAGACUGCAUGGGCCGGAGUGAA